UUCAGAUAUAUAUAAACAUAUACGUGAUAUAUGUAUGUGUAUAUAAUCGAUUGUGUUGGAAAAUUACAGUAACAAUUAUUGAGGUAACAAUGAGUACCUGCGUUUUUUGCAAAACAAAGCAAUCAAAAUAUUGUGGGCGAUCAUUUCACAAAUUUCCCGUGAAAGAUGUGUUCCGCCUUCAGCAGUGGUUAAAAGAAAUGAAGAGGAAGGACUGGAAGCCAAACCGAAAUAGUACAUUGUGUUCAGCUCAUUUUACAAACGACUGCUUCGAUAGGACAGGAUUCCUAAUUACAUUGAAAAAGAACAGUGUACCAACUGUAUUUGACAACCCAAAAUCAGAGUGUUCGUCUUGUCACCGAUUAAGGGAAUAUGGACGUGGCUAUUCAUUCUUCAAGUUCCCAUUGGAUGAACCUGAUCUUAUGAAGCAGUGGAUCGCAAAUAUAAACAUUGGACCGUGGUCUCCAUCAAGUGAUAGCCUUCUGUGUUCCGACCACUUUGAACCCUCUUGCUUCCAGAAGAAAAGCAAAAAUUAUAUAACUUUACGAAAAGGCAGUAUCCCAACGUUAUUUGGUGAAAACUUGCAGCAGACCGAAUUUCAGAAUGAAUCCGAUCGGCCCACCACAGUAAAUGUAACCAAAUUACAUGAUCUUGAUGAGCCAUUGUCUACCACAGUAAAUACAACCGAAGUACAUGAUGUUAAUAAGCUACUGAUUUCAGAUGUAACAGACCAAAAUGCCAACGCCAUUGUCUCCGUAGAUGUAACAGAGCAGAACGCCAACGCCAUUGUCUCCGUAGAUGUAACAGAGCAGAACGCCAACGCCAUAGAAACUGAUAGUGAUCGUCUUAGUUUGAGUACUAACCUCCUCAGCUCAAGUAAUAGUGACUCUAGGGAUAACCUGAGUACUAAGUUGACACCAACAAGCGUAUGCAUUGAUACGCCGAGAAGUUCGAAGGCAGUCUCACAUGAUCAUCGCUACACACAUAGUCCGAGGACCACUAUAAAGAAACUGUUUCAAACCAGGGCCAUUCUGCAUGUGAAAAAAAAACUUAUAAAAUCACAAAGAGAAUACAUAGGUCGCUUAAAAAGACGAGUAACAUCUUUGCAAGAUAUCAUUACCGAACUUCGAAAUGAAAGGUUGGUAUCUGAAAAUGCAUUGAGUUCCUUGGAAUCAAUACCGGACGAAGGUGUUUCGGAACUAAUUGAACGUGCUGCUAAAAAUGGUAAAGUACGUAUUACAAGAAAAAAGUAUCCGCCUGCACUUCGUUCUUUUGAAGGGUAAGAAUUCUCGACCUCGUGGAUAAUAUAUUAUUGAAUCUUGGUGAGCGGUCAAUUAUAUGUAUAAUGUAUUUUUUGUUAACGUUUCGACCCGGAUAUGGGCCCUCCUCAGAACGAUUAAUUUAUUUA